CUUUCGGAUUAUUUCUUGUAAUCGGGCACGCGUGGACUGUUGGGCCACUCCGGCAUUUGUAACGGUGAACAUACAUACAACAAGACCUGGUGGAGCCGCAAUUGGAGAUUCGUCGACGUCUGAGGUAGACGGAAAGUGAAGAUGGACGAAGCGCAGAACUCAAGCAACGGUUCCGACUUCAUAGACGGUGGGCUGAACGUUACCGACGACCGCCUGCCGCCGCUGAAGCACGACCUGGGCGUCACGGUGGUCAUCGUGCUGGGGUACGUCCUCGUCUUCGUCAUGUGUGUGGCCGGGAAUGUGCUGGUGUGCGCCAUCAUUGCCAAGAACCGCAACCUGCACACCGUCACCAACUUCUUCAUCUUCAACCUGGCCUUGGCAGAUCUGCUGGUGGCGCUCAUCUGUAUGCCCGUGACGCUGGUCUACACCAUCAUAUACAGUAAGCUUGUUCUCCUCCGAGCAUAAUUGUUCAUGAUCAGUAGCGUGUGAUAUGGAUGCUUUUAACCCAGGCGCAGCCCGUGUUUGCAGGGAUUUUAUGGUUAAAUCCAAUCUAGAAGGCUGCAUUUGUCACGCCUGACCCCCACAACCCAACGAAAGUCCGUGCCGUAUAUUUAGCGGAGAUGGGUUGCCUAUAUGAACGUUAUCUGCCUGAUCUUUACGCACCAGGGACACACCCCAGUUCACACAUUUUAGAGGGUAGGCAAAAACGUUCAAAGGCCAUGGUUUUAGAUCUCGGCCUUUGACAAAACGCUCUUAACAUCCGCUGCGACACACAAUUGCUGUGGACAAAUUUGGCUGAGCGCUCUGGAAAAAUUA